UCUUUCAGUAAUUUAACUUCAAACAUUUGUUCAGACAUUUUAGGUGAGGUGUCUUUAAAAGAGAAGUUCAGCCAUGUGGAACUCACCAGACUUGUCAAUCAUAUCAGACAGUCAGUGGAAUUUUCAAACCACAGCAUACCUAUUAAAAGAAAAUCCCCUGAUGCUGCAAACCACAAGGCUAAGAAUGGCUGUCACAGCACACCACUCCAGAAAUUCAUGCUUCCCUCAGAUAUCGAAAGUUUGUGUGGUGAGGAAGCCGAUGACAACUUCAAGAACCUAGUUGGAGAAACUCUUGAUAUUCUGGACAGCGAUGAUUGUCAGAAUGUGUUGAAGAUGUGUUUGGAUGCUGGAUUUGCCCAUGUUAUGCAUAACAUGAUUCCCUUCUUCCAAGUUUAUUUUCUAAACUCUGGCGCUGUGGGCGGUAUUGAGCGUGAACCAUCUCUUGAUCUCCCACUGGCCAAGAUCAUUCCUAUCAUUAAUGGACAAGUUAACCACAUCUUGAGUGACUCGGAGAACAACUACUUCCAAGACUUGUUUAAAGUUGGCAGUGCAAGGGAAUUUGCAGCAAAUGUUUAUGAAGCAUUCAGCCUUGAGGUGGACUAGAAAUCAUGUCCUACAGAAUUCACGAAGCCAAUGUUUGAGAUGACAUUAACAAACAGUCCGGGCAUUUUCUCAGGCCAUUGGUAUAGAUGGGGAUCAGUGGGUUUGAAGUUCCACAUCCCCGCACACUCCUCCUUCCCCUUUCCCAUGCACAUUUCAAAUGUGCCUUUUGGCUCUUUAUCACAUCAGUGAUCAACCUCUAUUUUCUCCUUAAAUACUGUACAUACCAAAUCAAGCAUACAUCUGAUGAGAAUAAGGAAACUGAUCAUCCGGGAGAAUCUUGAUAUAUGUUCAAAUUCUCCUAAUUGGUACUUAAAGAAGUUUACAAAGUGUAUAAAUGGUUUUGAAAGGAAGCCUCUAGUUUAUGAAUUAAUGUAUGUCUAUCUAUUUUUUGCCCUUCUUGAGACACUGAUAGCAUAAUCCUGUAGGGUGGCAACAUUGUAAGACUAAUCUUAAGGUUUAAGGUUACAAGGGUAAUAACAUUCAUUUGUAAAUGAUCCCUCGCUCAAAAUGUUUAGUCAUUUUUUGUGAUUUACAAAAUUACAUUUGUACCUAGAAAUCAAAUGAACACAAUACAUAACAACAUCAGAUUUAGUUGUAUCAAAAAUAAUUCAGACUUGAGACAUUAGGACUGGAUUUUCUGGGAUUUACCUUCUUUAACCUGACAGAAAUGUGUCUCCCAAAGGGUCUUAAAAAGGCUGUGUGUGGACUGUUAGGAGUUUUCCUUUUUUUUAUUUAAAACCGAUUUAUUAGAAUGAAGUACAUGUACUUGUUGUAAAAUGUAGAAGUUCAAGAUUGAAGAUAUUUAAAUUAUUUUAAUUAUACUGUUUCCAGAUUCUCGGUAAUAUAUUUUCAUCACUCAAAAGUUUAUCUUGUUAGGUAAAGGCACAAAUAAUUAUAAUUUGUACCUUAGUGAAUCUCAUUUGUACAUGUUCAUAAACGGUUGUCUGUAAUCAAAACGGUGAAUAAAACAGUUACCUUCUGACCUUG